UUGGGUGUCAGUGGCAAUUCAAAAUUCUCCGCGAACCCAAGCUCUAAUGAACGAGCUAACGAAGAAAGCCCCAAGAAAAAGCGAUCAAUUUUGUCUUUUAAUCGAAGGCGAACCAGCGAAGUACGCCUGGGAUCAGACGGAAAAUUAGUCACGAAUGGGUACGACGACCUUUCCAACUACAAACGACCAAGCUCACCUAUUGAAAAGAUCAAAUCCCUAUUCCGCAAAAAUGACACAUCACAUGUGACCUCUCAGCUACCAAGCAACGAUUACUAUCCAGGACGGUAG